UUGCUAGGGAUUGUCCGGUUGAUAGAUACCUACAAAGAAAAUAAUAUAUAUUUUUUUAAUUGUUUUUUGACAGUUAAAAUGCUCAAAACAAAAUGGAAGAGCAUACGUGACGCCUUCACUUGUCAUUUGAGAGUGCAAAGAGAACGUAGGAGUGGAUCGGCGGCGUGUGCCCCAAAAGAUUACCUUCAUUCUAAAGAAUUGGAGUUCCUUCGACCAUUGCUGGCUUUGGGGAGUACUGAAAACUGCUGGGAGGAAGGUACUCCAAAUAAUGAUUUGGACACAGAUGCAAAUAACAGUCAACCAGCAAGCCAAGCAUCAGGGGAUCAGGCGGGCCAAGAGCCGGAGAGUCAAUUGUCGACUUCAUCACGGUCCACAUCUGCAACACCUGUGGGAGACGACAAGUCCACGCCAACAGUUUGUGCUUGUGUACCUGCUAGAGGAACACGCCGGAAGGCUCCAGAACCAGAUUUUAAUAGGAUUUUGGACAUCAUGGCCAAUAUGUCUGACAGAAUGUCCAGCAACAGAUCGUACGGUCACAUCUCUGCUAGAUGUCUGGAGGGGCUGUUGGAAAGGGUACCAAUAGAUCUCCAGGCAGACAUGUUGGCCGGUACCAUACGGUACAUCGUAACAUUUAUCCCACCAACCACACCCUAUCAAUCCUCUGAACCUCCACCACCCUAUGGUCCCUAUGCAACUCACCCCCCGCACCAUCCCUUUCUCGUUUGUCAUCGCCACAUUUUGCCAUCCACCUACCUCGACCAACACCAUCUUCUACUUACCAUCCUCUGCCACCACCACCACCACCACCUUCUACUUAUACUCCUCUGCCAACACCACCACCUUCUACUUACCCUCAUCUGCCAACAACACCACCUUCUACUUACCCUCCUCUGACGACAAUAACACCUUCUACUUACCCUCAUCUGCCAACACUACCACCUUCUACUUAUACUCCUCUGCCAACACCACCACCACCAUCUUCCAAUUGGCAGCAUAAUGAUAAUCCCUCCAGCUGGUCACAUUUUGGCCAUGCCAUGAAUGUGGUGAUGUCACCCGAUGAGCGAGAUGACUCCUACC